AUGAGUUCAAGCAAACAGUUUUUGUCUAAACUCGGCCGUAGUCUAAAGACUAUGCCUUUCACAAAGAAAACAAAGAGUUUCGCAGCAAAUAAGGCGGCUAACAUGAAGCAGCAGCCGGAGGCAACCAUCACGACCGUGGAAGUUAAGGAUGUCGGCCGAAACGGUAUUACCUUGCUGGCAAAGGUUUCGGUUCACAACCCAUACCCAGUCCCCAUAUGUGAUAUCACUUUUUCCCUCAAAAGUUCUGGCAGGGAGAUUGCAUCUGGUAAAGCUCCAGAUCCAGGGUUCUUGAAGGCCAAUGACAAUACAAUGUUGGAUGUGACAAUAAAGGUGCCAUAUAAUGGGUUAUUGGGCUUGGCCCAAGAUAUAGGUGCAGAUUGGGAUGUUGACUAUGUUUUGGAUUUGGGCUUAAUUGUUGAUCUUCCUGUAAUUGGCAACAUAAGUAUCCCUGUCUCCUACAAGGGUGAGAUGAAGCUUCCUACUCUUGGACUUGUUUAA